AGGACGCGAUGCAACGAGUCGCGUACUGGCUUUGAUUGUGUGCACGAUUGCGUACACGAUUCAAUUCUGGUCCGCGGGUCCGCGUAACGUUCGGUCUCGACUCUAACCUUGCAGAAUGCUGACAGGAAUUCGAAUUCGUUGGUAAAAUGUCAAAACGUUGGGGCAGCGACUAUGUCGUUACGGAACAUCGUGAUUUACAGGCUAAUACCAUGGCCGUAGAUGCGACGGGUAAUUACGUAUUACUUGCCGGCCGCAGAUGCUUUGCGGUGAAACAACUCGACGACAGUGUCGACAUAUUAAAAAAAUUUCAAAGACAAAGUAAAUAUGAGGUUGGCUCUGCAGAAUGGAAUCCCACAAGUAUAAAUUGUCAUCUUUGCGCCGUAUCGAGCAAUACACGCAUUGAAAUAUUGUCCCUCACUGGGAAUGGUAAUUACGACUUACAAACAACAAAUAGCCUGAAAGCACAUACAAGAGUUGUGAGUGAUUUAAACUGGCAUCCCAAAGAACCUGACAUCAUUGCUUCUUGCAGCAUUGAUACAUUUAUACAUAUAUGGGACGUAAGAGAUCAAAGGAGGCCAUGUUUAUCUUUGUCUGCAGUUGCUGGUUCUUCUCAAGUAAGAUGGAAUACUCUUUCUCCCAACAUGUUGGCUACAGCUCAUGAUGGAGAUAUUAAAAUAUGGGAUCAAAGAAAAGGAAACAGUCCUAUGCAGUAUAUAGCUGCUCAUCUAACAAAAAUACAUGGUUUAGAUUGGUGUCCGUUUCAACAAAAUCAAUUGGCAACGUCUAGUCAAGAUUGUACAGUGAAAAUCUUCGAUAUCAGUAAUCCACGAAGAGCCGAAAGCAUUUUAACAACGAACUCACCAGUAUGGAGGGCGAGAUAUACGCCAUUUGGAGAAGGAUUAGUAACAAUAGUAGUACCGCAAUUACGACGAGGAGAAAAUAGUUUAUUAUUAUGGAACACAACAAACCUCAGUGCUCCUAUCUAUACUUUCGUAGGACAUACUGAUGUUGUUCUUGAAUUUCAGUGGAGACACCAAAAAUUAGAAAAUAGUGACUUUGAAUUAAUUACUUGGUCAAAGGAUCAAUGUUUAAGAAUAUAUAAAAUUGAUCCAUUUUUAAAGAAAUUAUGUGGACAUGGCAUAGAAGAUAGUUCAUCUAUCUAUACUCAGUAUUCUGAAGAUAAUAAUUUAAGAACAUUACAAUCCGUCCAACAGUUACAACUUAGUGAUACUCAAACUGAUCGUGAAAUGAAUUGUAUAACAACAAAAGUAGAUGAACCUAUAUUAAAUUCCGAAACAGAUGCAUAUAUCGAAAGUAAUAAAGAAAUAUCGUCUCCUACACAACCAAAGACUUUACAGCAAGAAUUUUCUUUAAUAAAUAUGAAUAUACCAAACAUAGAGGUCAACGCAAUGGAUGCUGUAGAACGCAGUUGUACCGUAACAGCAUCCAAUAAAAGUUAUAAUGUGAUAUUAAAAGUAAAUUUCCCUGCAAAUUAUCCUUACAGUGCGCAACCUACAUUCCAAUUCUGUCCUGGAACAACAAUCGACAGUGCAACAUUGGCAAAGCUGUUGAAAGUUUUAAAACAAACUGCUCAACAACGCGUUAAAAAGAACAGAUCGUGUUUAGAACCGUGUCUUAGACAGUUGAUUACAACAUUGGAACAAACAUGUAAAAAUGAUGAAAAUGAAAGUAAUCAUUUAGGAUACGACAUUCAAGACAAUGCGAAUUUCUUAAGUUCCUCUAAUAUGUAUACAAAUUAUCAAGAUGCUUACAUACCGUUUCCUAGAACAUCUGGUGCUAAAUUUUGUUGCGUAGGUAUACUCGUAUGUUUUGGUCGUGCUUCAUAUACGAGAAGAUCGUCCAUGAAACCAGAAUGUACAACACCCAGAGCACUUUCUGCGUUAGGAAACGGAAUAGGCAACGGAGAACAUUUUAUGCACAUGUAUCCAAAUUCUUAUGUUCGAUCGAAUGACAACAUUCCUAUAAGUUCCUUUUAUUUUCAAGAUCGAAAAAUAAAUCGUGGAUUACAUAAUACAAAUAGAAUGACCCAUAGAUCAUGUUGUAAAAACUAUCAUUUUAUGGUGAUGAUAUACGAUGCUUCUUCUUUGUUUUUCGUCAACAAAGAACUUGCAGAAAAAUACGUUAUCAAUAUCACCGAUAUUCCGGCAAUGUGUCAAUACAACGCAAAUGUAGCUGCAUCAUUAGAACGUCCUGAUUUAGUUCAGGCGUGGUGUUUAGCUGCUCUUGUGAUAUCACAACCUGUUUUAAAUAUUGGGCAAAAUUGUCAAUCACCCGAGAUUGAUGCUCCGUGGCCUUUACAUCCUUUUGGUCAAAAUUUAAUUCAUUCCUUAAUACAGCAUUAUGCUAAUCAGUCAGAUAUUCAAAUGGCAGGUAUGCUGAGUUGUGCAUUUAGUUAUCGUUCUGAAAAUCCUGACGUUGCGCAAACACGGCUAAAUAGCAAGUCCAUUAAUGUUAGUAGGCUUUCUACAGGAAAAUGGUGGUUAAAGCAUCGGAGUGGAAGUGUGAUGGUCCCACAAAGCAUGCAGCCUGGUGGUUCUCCGUACCACACGAUUCAUCUAGCCGAUACCACAUUAGAAGGAUGGAACUUCCAAAAUUUGAAGCAACAUCGAUCCAACUCGUGGUCUGAUUCGCUCGACGACUUAAAAUUAACUCAAGACACGUCAGGGGAUUCCAUGAAAAAUAUUAGGUUACUUGAUGAAAAAUAUACUACUCUCUACGACGGUUACAAAAAAGCGUAUGCCGAAGUGCUACAUAGAUGGCGAUUAUUAGACGCGCGUGCACAAGUAUUAAAGCACGUAAGCACAACUCCAUUAGACACGCAUAAAGGCGUCGAAUUUCAAAGCGAAUGUCAAUUAUGUGGUAAAGUUAGCAGAGGACCUCAGUGUAUAAAUUGUAAACGAUUAGCAUUGGAGUGUGUAAUUUGUCAUAUCUCUGUUAGAGGUCCAAGCAAUUUUUGUAUAUUUUGUGGGCAUGGGGGACACACGCAACAUUUAGCGACAUGGUUUACUAACAAAACAUUAUGCCCUACAGGUUGUGGAUGUUAUUGCCUACAGGAAAGUUCUGCUCUCUUAAAGUUGUAAAUAAAAGAUAAAAGAAAGUUGUACAUAGUCAUGAAGAUAUGUAAAGAAUGUUACGAGAAGAUAAUAAAUAUGUUUUUCUUUAAAAA